AUGGACAGCCCCGAGGGCUACUCGGUCCAAGCCACCGCGGCCAUCGCUGCCAUCAUCACCUUCCUCAUCCUCUUCACCAUCUUCGGCAACGUGCUGGUGAUCAUCGCCGUGCUCACCAGCCGGUCCCUCAAGGCCCCCCAGAACCUCUUCCUGGUGUCCCUGGCAGCGGCCGACAUCCUGGUGGCCACCCUCAUAAUCCCCUUUUCCCUCGCCAAUGAGCUGAUGGGCUACUGGCACUUCCGGAAGACCUGGUGCGAGAUCUACCUGGCCUUGGACGUUCUCUUCUGCACCUCCUCCAUCGUGCAUCUCUGCGCCAUCAGCCUGGACCGGUACUGGUCCGUCAGCCAGGCCAUCGAGUACAACUCCAAGAGGACCCCCAAGAGGAUCAAGGGCAUCAUCCUCAUCGUGUGGAUGAUCGCGGCCUUCAUCUCCCUGCCCCCCCUCAUCUACAAGGGGAACAAGAAGGACAGCCAGGAUGGCAGGCCACAGUGCAAACUCAACGAGGAGGCGUGGUACAUCCUCUCCUCCAGCAUCGGCUCCUUCUUUGCCCCCUGCAUCAUCAUGAUCCUGGUCUACCUGCGGAUUUACUUUAUAGCCAAGCACCGGACCCGGCAAGGCUCCAGGGGCAAGAAGUCCAAGGCUGAGAAGAAGGGGACAUCUAAGAAAAUCACUGGCCCGACCUCUGAGACCUCUCCCCAGCAGCUGGGUGCAAGGGAACCCAAUGGGCAUCAGGUGCCCAAUGAGGAUAGUGACCAGCCGGCAACCCCUACGCUCCCUGCCCACAGGACGUCUCUCCUGAGCCUGGAGGAGGAGCAGCAGCAGCUGCCGCCAUCUGCCACUAACCCUUGCCAGCCCCAAUCGGAGAAGAAAGAGUCUUCUGGCUCCAGCCCGCUGGAGCGCUCCCCACACUGCAGCCUCAAGCAGCGCAACGGGCACCCCCAGAGCUCUGUCAAGGGCAUGGAGACCCUGGCCACUGCCAAGGGGGAGGUGCUGCUGGUGAGGAGGGUGAAGACCCUGAGUGCCAACCCUUGGAAGAGGAAGACCCACCUCAACCGGGAGAAGAGGUUCACCUUCGUCCUAGCCGUGGUAAUCGGGGUCUUUGUCCUCUGCUGGUUCCCUUUCUUCUUUCUCUAUAGCCUGGGGGCCAUCUGCCCAGAACUCUGCAAGGUCCCCAACAGCGUGUUCCAGUUCUUCUUCUGGAUUGGCUACUGCAACAGCUCCUUGAACCCUGUGAUCUACACCAUCUUCAACCAGGACUUCCGCAAGGCCUUCCGCAAGAUCCUCUGCAGGCAGGGGACUCAGACUGCCUGGUGA